GUACUCAAACACAAAAUCAUGCCUCCUAAAUCCUUCUCUCCGAAUGAUCUUCCUCCUUGUUUUCAAGUUUUCCGCUAAACCCCAAUUCCCCUGCCUUUUCUUUCCAAAUUCCCCUUCUUUAUUUUAGUUUACAGAGAAAUAAUUUUGUUAAAAGAAGAACAAAGACAUUAGACAGUGCUACAGUUCUGUAAGAGAAGGAAGGGGAAAAUGGCGGCGAUUUUUCCCGCCUGGAUUAUGAUAGCGGCUUUCCUUUUAGAGGCGGCGUUAGUUAUGUGUGGUUUUCCUUCAACUUUGCAGCUGGAGAGAAGGAUUCCCCUGGCGAGUCAUGAACUCGAACUGAGUCAACUCAGAGAGCGUGAUAGACUCAGGCAUGGAAGGUUGCUGCAGUCUUCCUCUGGUGGUGUCGUAGAUUUUCCUGUUCUGGGCACCUAUGAUCCGUUUCUCGUUGGGCUAUAUUAUACCAAAAUACAGUUAGGUUCUCCUCCAAGAGAAUUUUAUGUACAGAUUGAUACAGGAAGUGAUGUUUUAUGGAUAGGGUGCAAUUCCUGCAAUGGUUGUCCUCAAACUAGUGGACUUAAAAUUGAACUUAAUUUGUUUGAUCCUGGAAGCUCGUCAACAGCUUCACCAGUCCCAUGUUCGGACCCAAGAUGUCGAGCAGAUCUCCAAUCAUCGGAUUCUGGCUGUUCGAGCCAGACCAAUCAGUGCAGUUACUCAUUUCAGUAUGGAGAUGGUAGUGGGACAUCGGGCUAUUAUGUAGCUGAUUUGUUGCAUUUUAAUUCAAUUCUCGAGGGAUCUAUGACUAAUAAUUCUACGGCACCUAUUAUGUUCGGGUGUAGUGUGUUGGAGACAGGGGACUUGACAAAGUCCGAUAGAGCGGUUGAUGGAAUCUUUGGGUUCGGGCAGCAGAGUUUGUCUGUAAUUUCUCAACUUUCUUCACAGGGAAUAACACCUAGAGUGUUUUCCCACUGCUUGAAAGGGAAUAAUGGUGGUGGAGGUGUGCUUGUUUUUGGUGAGAUCGUGGAGCCAACUAUCAUUUAUACGCCACUUGUCCCAUCACAGCCCCACUAUAAUCUUGAUCUGCGAAGCAUUUCAGUUGGUGGACAAGUUUUAUCAAUAAAACCAUCAGUGUUUUCAACAUCGAGCAGCCAAGGAACAAUAAUUGAUUCCGGGACAACUUUGGCAUACCUAGCCGAGGAAGCUUAUGAUGCUUUCAUGAAUGCUAUCACAAACACUGUUUCACAAACCGUGCGCCCUGUUCUUUCCAAAGGAAAUCAAUGCUACUUAAUAACCUCCAGCGUCAAUGAUAUAUUCCCUCAAGUUAGUCUGAACUUUGCUGGUGGUGCGUCCUUGAUUUUAAAUCUGCAGGACUAUCUUGUACAGCAGAAUUCUAUCGGUGCUGCUGCAGCCUGGUGCAUUGGCUUUCAGAAAAUCCAGGGUCAAGGGAUAACAAUUUUAGGAGAUCUUGUUCUAAAAGACAAAAUCUUUGUUUAUGAUUUGGCAAAUCAACGGAUCGGAUGGACCAACUAUGACUGUUCAAUGUCAGUCAACGUCUCAACAAAUGUUGACACAGCAAGAACUGAAUUUGUAAACGCGGGGCAGAUGAGCAAUGAUGGUCCAUUGCAGGAUCAAACACGAAGCAUGAUCGCUUUACUUCUACCCAUAAUCGCGAUAACUGAUCUACUGCUCUUGUAGCAUAUGUUGAAAGGAUUGGGAGCUCAACACCCACAUAGCACAUGUUCUCACCAAUAGGCCGUUUCCAGUUGAACCACACGGCUAGCUUGUGGUCAGUUGAUGGAUGUAUAAUACAAUUUUUGGGGGUUAUUUUCAAGGCUCUGUUACUGUAAUCGUGUAAAAUUACAGAUGUCGGUGAUUUACUGUGAUUAACUAUGUAUCUUUAUAUUCAUAUACGGUCCAUUUUGGCA